CAUCAGCCAUCCACUGUCAUUUACAUGAAAGAAGGUCUACUGCUUACGUGGAAUCGAGAGCUUUGUGGGUUCCACCAUGGCUACCAUGAAGUCUUGGAGGCGUUUUAUGCGGACGUUCAGUUUCUCACAGGGGGCCCCAUGAAUGCCCCUGAUACCUUUUUCAUAGGCUUUUUUUAGGGCGGACUGACCAUUUGGAAACUCGGGCAUUGCCCGAGGGCCCGGGGUCAGUAGGGGGCCCCAUGAGUACCUUUUUCAUAGGCUUUUUUGAGUUUGGGCAAGGACACAGGGGCCCCAUGAUCCCCUAUUGCCCGGGGGCCCCAUGA